AUGUCCGAAACCCAAGAAGAGAUCGAAGUUAAAUUAGAGGAAACAUGUCCCAAUGCUGUUGAUAAUUUGAAUGUUAAGAAAUGUCUUAGACAGACAAGGGAAGCUAGACUAGAAAGUAUGAGAGUGGCACAAAAGAAAUUGAAAAUGAAGAGGCAAAAAGAGAUUGAGUGUUUAAGGGAAGAAGUUGAGUGGUUGAAAAAAGAAAAUCAAAUAUUAAGAACUGCUAACUACGAUAUUGUUAGUGAAUAUUCUGGAAUUAUAGAUAUCUUGGAUAAAAAAGGAAUAACCCUGGAAAGAUUUCUUACACUUUCCAAUUUACAAAGAGAUUGUAGACCUAAAGAUGGAUCCCAAGUUGAAGAAUUCGAUUACAUGCCACUUAUUUUAUUACAAGAUAAAUAUAAUGAAAUAGAUUUUCCAAAUUUAUAUCUUGAUAAUGUUUUUAUAUUGAAAGUUUUAACAAAUAAGUACCUUGAGUGCUGUAAAAGACAAACAUCAUAUACGAUAUUGAAUCCUAUAACACAGAAUAGUUUCAAAUAUGUUUCUAUUUACGGACUAGCAUUACCAUCGAUUUAUUGUAAGCAACAAAGAAUGGUGGCAUUAGAAGAUAAAGUACCCAAAGCUUGGAUAAAACCUAAAAAUAUUCCUCAUGGAUCUUUUGGAAUACUUGAAGUUAUAGACAUGAUCGCUAAUACAUUUGAUCCUGAAACUAUGAUAAUGGAGGUUUUCUUAGGAUUCUUAUUAAGAUAUUGUUAUGCUACGAUUUAUGGAGGUAUUAUAUUCAAAGAAGAUUUAGAUGUUUGCAUGAGCCUUUGUCAAAGCUCGAGAUUUGAUGAAGCUUAUGUGUUGGGAACUGUUGAUGAAGAAAUUUGUACCUAUGAUUUCUUAAUGCUAGCAAAAGAAAGAAUGGAGUACAGAAAAAGACUCUGA